AUGAUGUCUUCGACAUUAUGGGUACUUCUCGUGCAUGAAACUAUUGUCGGCGUAUUAUCAGGUGCGGAUGAAAACGGAUCACAUCAAGUAUACAACGUUCCAAGCACCGAGCGGAUUAUACGAGAUAUGAUGUUACCAAUGGGUGUCAGCAACGCGCCAGCAACAAUGCACCGGCAGACAUCAUCACUGUUCAAGGGUCUUCCUCACACGCGAUCGUUCUACGAUGACAUCUACAUCUUCACGAAGUCGAAAGUUUUAAACGAACAUCUACAAGAUCUCCGCAACGUAUUGGAAAUUCUGAAGAAGAAGAAUCUGUACGUGAAACUGGCCAAGUGUGUGUUUUGCGCGGAAGAAAUUCCGUGCCUCGGUGACUUCAUCGGACAGAACGAGACAAUUGCAAACGAUUCCGGACUGGCCCAUCCCGCGGACACAGGAACGGCUCCACAACUUUCUCGGUUUAAACGGCAAUACGCUGCGCUGACAGCACUAUUGUUUACGGUGUUAAAGAAGAAGAACCAGCGCAACUUAAAGAUCACGCUGAAUGGAUUACAACUGAAGAACAUCAAAGAGAUGAAGCAUCGGCUAGCUGAUACACCAGUGUUGCGUUUGCCUGAUUUCACGCAACAAAUGCAUUUGAGGACGGACGCAAGUCAAUUCACAGCCGGAGGUGUACCCUUUCAAGUCGUCAACGGUAUCGAGCGCCCGAUUGAAUACAAAACUCGGAAGCUGAAGUCGGCAGAGAUGAAAUACCCCACUCAACAACAGGAGCUACUCGCGAUCGUCAAGCCAUUGGCUGCGUUCCGGAUUUAUUGUUUGGAUCAACCUGUUAUGAUCGAGACAGACCACAAGUCUCUUGAAGGUGUCUUCCAACAAAAGAUGACGAGUCGACGACUCGCUCGAUGGUGCGACAUUCUCGCCGAGUAUCAACCGGUCUUUGCAUAUCUACCUGGGGCUCAGAUUGGUAUCGCCGACGACCUGAUCUCAAGUCACAGACAAAGGAAUUCCACGACUUGCUUUUUCAAUGGAAUCAUGUACCAGUUACGCAUUGCAGAGAUCAAACUCACCAACGAUCUUGUGAAGGUAUCAUCGCGGGUACGACGUACAAUCAAGAAACGCAACACACUAUCGGCCAACCAAGGGGUAUCGGAGAAACAAUACAAACCGUACUUCGAAGAGAAGAACAUGGUCUGGUACCAAGGAUCCACAGAUGCAAAUUCUCGAAUCGUCGUGCCCAACAUCGUGACCCUCAAGCAUCGCAUCAUCGCAGAAGUUCAUUACUCUAACUACGAUGGGCAUCCGAGUGCGGAUCGCAGUAUCUGA